AUGGUAUGGAAAAUCGCUGUGGAGAGGGUGCCUUGUGCCCCACCACGAGGUGUCUUUGCCAAUGAUGUGACUUGUGCGCGUCCAGCAGGACUUGUUUCUCUUUAUGUUGCGCCCUUUCGAACCUAUCAGAGUGUUCCAGGUGUGAGCCUGUUCCGGCAGCGACCCAAGCCAAGUUCCUGUGUCAGUUGUGAGCGCGGUCGCUCGGUCCUCCCGCCACCAUUGGUCGUGGCCCUGAUUGAGGCAAGUGCUCUCAGAGCCCGUGCCACGACUUCUGUGGAAGACUACAACCGACAGCUCGUGAUUUGUGCAGAGCACGCCAGCAUCUCGCUAGGUGCUCUGGUGGGCUGGUCCGGUCUUGCUCGCCCGUUGACAGCGGCAUGGGGGUCCGAGGGCAACUUGUCAAUGCUGGCAGGCUGUGCGGUUUCACAAUCCCUGCCCUCGCCCACUCCUCCUUCGCGGACCUCUUCCAGACCUCUCCACCCUGGCUUCCGCACUACAAAGUCCCAAAAAUCUGCCAAGGGCUCGCCUGGCGCACAGCGCAGUCUUUCCCAUGGGCAAUCAUUACGGGAGAUCGGGCGAUUUUAUGCCGUGCCGAUCACGCCCCAUUGCCCAGACUCGAUGCACAAACGUUCCGGAAAGGCAGGGGUUCCAACAUCGCCACAGUCGACGACGACGACGACGGACGACAGGGACACCUUAAGACACGGCAUUAUGGGUGCGACAGCCUGGCGAGCUGGUGGUAAGGCACUUCUGCAAGCUGAUUCGCGCGGCCGAGUUGCCGCCAACCGGUUCAGGAUAGACGCCCGCGUCGAGGGUGCGAGUUCUGCAAGGGUCUCGUCUGCUCCCCCUUGGUGGGUACCCAGUCGUGGGCCACGUCAAAGCAGCCCAAAAGUUUCAUCUUUUGUCCUUGGCUCUAGUGGCAGUGUACCUGCAGCUGCCAACGUGGUCAGCGCGCGCCCUUGGCCAUGUUUCUUGUUCCUCGUCUUGUGCUCGGCGCAGAGCCUCGUCAGGCCCGAGAGGCCCUCGCAGGGGUCUAGCGAGACCUUGACCGUGGACCACACCUGCUCGUAAUCCCGGAUGGGGGCAUGGGCCGAGCUAUCACAGCCAAUCGACUUACACCAGGCCCCGGCCUCCGUAGUUGAUGCGCCUCAGGGGUUUGGGAGCCCCAAUGUCGGGUGCCCACGAUGGCUUUGUUAUAUCACACCCGUCGUCCCAACGGUGCCUCUGACUGUCCAGUCUU